AUGAGCACAGCACAGAAACCAUGGGUUGACGGCCCUUUUACUCUGAUUAGUGCUUCGAAAGCCGGCGACUCGCUUGAUAAACCAGCCACAGGCGCCAGGCAAUGUGCAGCAGGCAUGGCUGUCGUUCACAAUCUUUUCCUACGCGGCAUCAACGCUAUCUAUCUACAAGCAGUCAAUGUCUCUCAACGUGGAUCGCAGAAAGACAAGUUGGAUUUCGCCAGUUUUGCGUGGUCGUGGAGCGAAGAAGUUCUAACGCAUCAUGAUGCCGAAGAAACAGACAUCUUCCCUGAGAUCAACAGGAUCACUGGUGUUCCAGGGUUGAUGGAUGCGAAUAUCGAGGAACACCACCUGUUCCAUACUGGGCUGGACCGUUUCAGGGAAUAUCUCACCAAAGUACGAAAAGAAGAGGAGGAGUUUAGUGGUGAGAAGCUGAUAGAGAUUGUGGACUCGUUCAUGCCAAUUCUGAGAACGCACUUGGAGAACGAGAUUGAGACUCUCGUUGAUCUGGAGAAAUACGCCGACAAAUGCGAUUGGGGCGUGUGGUUUGAGAAAAAGGGCGCUGAGCUAGGGAAGAAGGCUAUGGGUAAUGCAUCCCAUCGCAAGGAACUUCUGCCGUUGGCUAUGGUCCUCCACGACAAGACAUAUGAGGGAGGGAUCUGGCAGGACUUUCCUCCUCUCCCAUGGAUUGCUCUGACUGCGAUUCGGUGGUUUUUUGUUAGCGCGCACCAGGACUGGUGGAGGUUUUCAGGGUGUGACUCGUACGGAGUGCCAAAAGAAUUACCAUUUGUUUGA